AUGCUGGCUGAAGGUGAAAGCAUGGCAAGUACGUCGCUAUGUGCUGCUAAUACAUCAGCGUCUCAGAGUCUUCAGAAAGUGUCUGGUUUUGUAGAAAAUAAAACUACACAGUGCUCGUUUUCCAUUGAAAGUAUUUUGGGACUGGAGCAGAAAAAAGAUGGCAUUCCAGCUGUGAAACCUCACAGACCAUGGAUGGAUGCAUGCACCAACUUGGUUUUAGGUGAUGACAGUAAUCCCCAUCUGCAAAUCCCUGUUGUUUGCUAUGAAAAUCCAUUAUUUCAUGCUAACAGUAAUCCAGUGCAAGAGGAAAAAGUUUUGAAAUGUGAAAAAUAUUUUUCAGUCACUGAAAGGCUAUCUUUCAAACGAGAAUUGAGCUGGUACAGGGGUAGAAGACCAAGAACUGCAUUCACUAGAAACCAGAUUGAAGUCUUGGAAAAUGUUUUUAAAAUGAACUCCUACCCUGGCAUUGAUAUUAGAGAAGAGCUAGCUCGCAAAUUAGAUUUAGAUGAAGACAGGAUCCAGAUCUGGUUCCAGAACCGUCGUGCAAAGCUGAAAAGAUCACACCGAGAAUCUCAGUUUCUAAUGGUGAAAAAUACUUUCACCUCCAGCCUGCUAGAGUAGAAAGAAGAAUGGUUUGCUGUUAUGGCACUACAAUAGAACACGAAGAAUUAUUGGAAUUUUCAUAACUUGUAUUAAGUAAUGAUGAUAUAUUAA